AUGAGAGUCAGUAUUUUAAAAUAUGUUUUUUUUUCAAUUAUUAUUUGUUCUUUUGAAUAUGCCAAAAAUGAACUAUACUUUGCAAACGAUAGAGGGAUAUACCUUGAAAGGAAUGUAAUAAACUUUAGAAAUGAUAGGAUAUUAGCAGAUGUAGAUGAUCAAUUUGAUUUAAAUGGAUUUUAUAAAUCAACUUUGAGUCUUGCAAGUCAACUUAGUGAUUGUACUGAAGGUAACAAAGAAAUAGCACACCUUCAAAAUAUUAUAGAUUCAUAUAUAAAGAAGCAUAAAGAAAGUAAUACACUACCCGAUUUAAAUAAUUUAGAUAAGAAAACUAAAAAGUUAGUUAAUGAACUUCGAACAGAAUUAGAAAAAAUAAAAAAAGAGCUUGAUAAUAAAAUGAAUGGUGAAUUAGCAAUGCAGCCGAUACAUGAUAAAAGAAUAAUAAAAAAAGAUGAAAAUAGUUCUGUAUCAGAACAUGAAGACUUUAAACAAUUGGAAAGUUUUGAAAAAAAAUUGAGGACUAAAAAUGAUAAAUUUAAAGUUGAAUAUUGUGAAAUUAAAUUCAGUAAAAAGUAUAUGGGGUUAAAAAUUAAUAAAAAAUUGACGAAAAAAGAAGAAAAAUUAUUUAAGAGUUUGAUGGUGUUCUCUGUUAUAAUUUUGUUGUUGAUGAUAGCAUCCGGAACAAUGAAAUUACUAUUACUAUUUGCACCGGCGGUGCUUUUAAUAUUUAGGAGCUGUCGGAGAAUCAGGAAAUAUUGCUUUAAAUUAUGGGAAAUAUAA